UUUGCUUCCUGCAUUCAGGUGAAGCUUUGCCAUUUUGGUCCCUCCCUCGGUUAGUAACCUGUUUUGCUGAGACAGGAAGCCCACUUUCAUCAAGUAGUGUUUAGGUUAGCUGGACCUUGACAGCCAUGGAAACAAACUUAUGGGAAACCCGGUUAAUAAAAUACGGAAAACGUGUGCAGGUUAAGUAAAUAUUAAGAAUAAACUACUUGUUGGAAUACAAACUUUCAGAAUCGUAAAUACAACUGCAGCGAAAACUAAUAGCUUCCCGGAUUAUAAUUUAGUACUGAACAGGUACAACUAUUGGGAAGACUAGAGGAUAAAAAAAAAAAAAAAAAAGAUAUACAUUUGUAAAAAAAAUACACGUUCUAUCUCCGUUGCUGAUAUUUGAGGUCGGUUUAAAUUUCCCUCCUUUUUAGCAAGGCGGUGAAAGAGGGGGACUUGGAGUAGAAUUCUGCCCGGCAGCCUGAGCUCAGGCCUCGGGGGGUCACAGUCGAGAAUUCUCCCCCUAAAAGGAAGAUACGGAUAGACGCUGGCUAUACACAUUUAUGUGGUUUAAAGGGGAAUAAGGAGUCGCCGAGGUUGGUUGUGUGUAUUGUAUUCAUAUUUUAACAAAAUGGAUCAGCAUUGUGCUAGCUCCGCGUCUGCUGGGGUACCUUCUUCCAAAAGCACCAAAGACAAGAAAUCAAAGAAAAACCUGGAUGACGCAGAUGGGAAAAAGAAAUUUACUCUGAAGCGACUGUUUCCUGAUGAGCUGGAACGCUUCACCAGCAUGAGAACGAAGAAGGAAAAAGAGAAGCCAUAUGUCCCUCAGCGGCACCCCUCUGCCUCGCAUUAUGAGGUCCCAGCUCCGUCUGCUAUGCUUAACGACCUGCCUGACGCUUCUGUGCUGGAACUCUUUGAACAGAUGCUGGUGGAUAUGAAUCUGAAUGGUGAAAAACAGCAGCCUUUGCGAGCAAAGGACAUCUCCAUUAAAAGGGAAAUGGUCUCCCAGUAUCUACAUACCUCUAAAGCUGGCCAAAGUCAGAAGGAGAGUUCUAAAUCAGCGUUGAUGUAUAUCCACGAGCUGAAGUGUGGGUUAAGAGAGGGUCAGCUGCUAAGCUGCCUGGAGUCCUUGCGAGUUUCGCUCAGUAACAAUCCGGUUAGCUGGGUCCAGAGUUUCGGGGCUGAAGGUAUGGCACUGCUGCUGGAUAUUUUGAAGAAGUUACAGGAUGAUAAAGACGAUCCAUACAGUGCAUUUGGUGUUAAGUGUCAACAUGAGGUCAUCAGGUGCCUAAAAGCCUUCAUGAACAACAUGUAUGGUUUAACAGCCAUGCUGAUGUCGGAUGAUGGGAUUCCACUGCUUGUCCGAGCUAUUAAUCCCAGAGUACCUCACAUGAUGGUAGAUGCUGUGAAACUGGUAUCUGCAAUCUGCAUCUUGGAUCACUCUGACAAUCUGCAUGUCAGUGAGCGUGUACUGGAAGCCAUUACAGAGCAUGCUGAGAAUGAAGAUAUUGAGAGGUUUCAGCCACUGCUUUCUGGAAUGAGAAAAUCAGGAGUAACUUUGAAGGCAUGUUGCAUGCAGCUGAUCAACGCCCUCAUCACUCAAGGUGAUGAACUGGACUUCAGAAUUCACAUACGGAGCGAGCUGAUGAGACAGGGGCUGAAAGAUAUCCUUACGGAACUGCGUCAGGUUGAGAAUGAAGAGCUGAAAGUGCAGCUCUCUGUGUUUGAUGAGCAUUCAGAAGAUGACUCUGAAGAGCUGAGAGCCCGGUUGGAAGAUGUCCGCAUAGAGAUGGAUGAUGUGACUGAAGUUUUCCAGGUCCUUCAAAACACUGUGAAAGACACAAAAGCGGAGCCUCAUUUCCUGUCGGUUUUGCAGCACUUCCUUCUCAUUCGCAAUGACUACUUAGCAAGACCACAAUACUUCAAACUUAUAGAUGAAUGCAUUUCCCAGAUAGUCUUGCAUAAGAAUGGUGCAGAUCCUGACUUCAGAUGUAAAAGGUUUAACCUUGAUGUAGAAGGUUUAAUUGAUAACAUGGUAGACCAGAUCAAAGUAGAGAAGAGUGAAGCUAAAGCUGUUGACCUGGAGAAGAAGCUUGAUACUGAGCUCACUGCCCGACAUGAGCUCCAUGCAGAGCUGAAGAAGAAGGAGAGUGAUUUUGAACAGCAUUUGAAAGACCUGAAUUCAGAGAAAGAAGCAGUGGUCUUGGAGAAGCAAAAUAAAGAAACUGAGAACAAACAACUGCAGAGCAAGAUUGACAGCCUUCAAGAAGAGAUUAACAAGCUGUCUCUAGAACUGCAAGAUGCAAAAACCAAGAUCAUCACAGUGCCAGUUUCAGUGGCAGGGCCACCAACAGCUCCCCCACUACCAGGACAUGUGGGAAUGCCCUUGCCUCCUCCUCCACCUCCCCUUCCUGGGCAAAUGGGAAUGCCACCGCCACCGCCCCCUUUACCAGGGCAAACAGGCAUGAUGCUACCCCCUCCACCUCCUCUGUUACCAGGGCAAACAGGAAUGCCCCCUCCACCCCCUCCAUUACCAGGACAAGUAGGAAUGCCGCCUCCACCCCCACCAUUGCCAGGGCAAGCAAGAAUGCCUCCUCCGCCCCCACCAUUGCCAGGGCAAGCAGGAAUGCCCCCUCCACCCCCACCAUUGCCAGGGCAAGCAGGGAUUCCCCCUCCACCCCCACCAUUGCCAGGACAAGCAGGGAUGCCCCCUCCACCCCCACCAUUGCCAGGGCAAGCAGGAAUGCCCCCUCCACCCCCACCAUUGCCAGGGCAAGCCGGGAUGCCCCCUCCACCCCCACCAUUGCCAGGUGGACCUGGGAUGCCACCCCCUCCUCCCCCUCCCCUAGGCGGGCCAGGGGCACCCCCACCUCCUCCCCCUGGCUGGGGGUUUUCUGUCCCAGUUCUUCCAUUUGGGUUGAUGCCCAAGAAGGACUACAAACCAGAGGUGCAACUAAAAAGGGCUAACUGGUCAAAGAUUGCUCCAGAGGAACUGUCUGAGAAGAGUUUCUGGACAAAGGUGAAAGAAGAUAAAUUUGAAAGCAAUGAACUCUUUGCUAAACUCACCCUGGCCUUCUCCGCACAGACCAAGUCAUCUAAAGUGAAAAAAGAACAGGAUGGAACAGAUGACAAGAAAAUGGCUCAGAAGAAGAAGGUGAAAGAAUUGAAAGUCCUGGAUGGUAAAACUGCACAGAAUCUAUCUAUAUUCUUGGGGUCUUUCCGACUUCCAUACGAGGAGAUAAAGAACGUUAUCCUCGAGGUCAACGAGAGCGUCCUCAAAGAGUCCAUGGUGCAGAACCUGGUUAAGCAGCUUCCAGAAGCAGAGCAGUUAAGUGUGCUGUCAGAAAUGAAAGGGGAAUAUGAUGAUCUGGCUGAGCCUGAACAGUUUGGUGUUGUGAUCAGCACAGUGCCAAAGCUUCAUGUUCGUCUGAAUGCCAUCCUGUUCAAGCUGCAGUUUGAAGAGCAGAUCAACAACAUCAAGCCAGACAUUGUGUCGGUGAUUGCCGCCUGCGAGGAGCUGAGCCAGAGUGAGAACUUCUCCAAGUUACUGGAGCUCAUCCUGCUUGUCGGGAACUUCAUGAACACGGGUUCAAGGAACGCCGGCGCCUUUGGCUUCAGCAUCAGCUACCUCUGCAAACUUCGAGACACCAAGUCUUCUGAUCAGAAGAUGACUCUCCUGCACUUCCUAGCUGAGGUCUGUCAGGAGCAGUAUCCAGAAGUGUUGCACUUCAUAGAUGAACUAACCCAUGUGGACAAAGCAAGCCGAGUUUCUGCUGAAACGUUACAGAAGAACGUAGACCAGAUGGCAAAGCAGAUUUCCAACUUGGAGAAAGACAUACAGGCGUUCCCUCCACCCACCAACGAGAAAGACAAGUUUGUGGAGAAGAUGGAAAGUUUUGUCAAGACUGCCCGAGAGCAGUAUGAAAAGCUGGCCCUCAUGUACAACAACAUGGAGAAGCAAUAUGAGGACCUGGGGACCUACUUUGUCUUUAACCCCAAAAAGAUAUCUGUGGAGGAGUUCUUCGGGGACCUCAGCAACUUCAGAGGCAUGUUCCAGCAAGCGGUGAAGGAGAACCAGAAAAGGAAGGAGGCAGAGGAAAAAAUCCGCAAGGCAAAACUGGCGAGGGAGAAAGCAGAGAGGGAGAAAGAAGAGAAACAGAAGAGGAACCAACUCAUCGACAUUAAUGCUGAGGGUGACGAAACUGGAAUUAUGGAUGGCUUGAUGGAAGCCUUGCAGUCAGGUGCCGCCUUUAGGAGAAAGAGGGGUCCUAGGCAGGCGGCCAACAGAAGAGCUGGCAAUGCUGUGACAUCCCUUCUGGCCAAAGAGCUGAUGCAGGAAGACGUGAUUGCUGCUUCACCUCUUAAAAAGAAGAAAGAAGAAAAGAUUAAAGAGAAAACAAUGGCUGAACCAGAACAGGAAGCACUAGAAGAUGUUUUAGAGGCUGUGCCUGCCAGAUCCAGUUAAUAAUGAAUCAAUUCAGAAUGAACACAGAUCAUGACUGCAGCCUGAGUGAAAUGACUAGUGUCACUCAAAUAUCAGUGUGGGUUGUCUUUAUUUGGUACCUGUAGUACAGGGUGUGGGUUCUUCUACAGGAGUUCUUUAUGAAGAUGGUCCAUGGCAUUCCACUUGGUGAAGAACCAUUUCUUCUCAGCAUCCCACAGUUUAUUUUUAGCUCCAGUAUGGAUGCUGAACGUUACUAUUUACACUGGAGGGGGUUAACUUCUUAGUAGCGCCUAACAUGCUUAUACAUAAAAUUUAAAAAAAAUAAUAAUAAUAAUUUAUCUGUGCAUAUUCCAGACUUUACUGGAUCUACAAACUUUCUGAGACAGCUAUUGUCAUCCAUAAACACAUUUUUUUUAUUUUUUUUUGUUAUCAUCAGCAUAGAAAUUGAAUAUUUAAAAUUAACUUUAACUUUAUUGGUCAAAUUAGAUUAAAAACUGCAAGGGACAGCUUUGAGCAGAUUGUGUUGGCUCACUAUUUGGCUGAAAUUGAUUUAAAAAAAAAAAAAAUGUUUUUCAGGUUGCUGAUUUAAAAGUGAUGUAGGGUGCAUUAUAAAGUAAAUAUAUUUAGUUAUAACAAGUGCCAAUCUGCCUUACAUCUGCACAUAUUUCAACUAAUACAAUUAUUUUCAAAUGAAAAAGUGCUGAUAAGAAAGUACGCUUCCUCGUCGAUUGUUUUAUAAUACAUUUAUACUUGUGUUUACUGUAUUCAUUUUAUUUGAGGCUACCGUAGUCUGGUACCUCGGUACCUUUGGGUACUUUUUCUGUUUUGUAUGUAGUCUUAUCGUUUUAUAAAAUAGUUUCUUAAAGAUAUUU